CAAGUGGAAGUGAAAUCGUACAUGGGGGAAAGGCCAAGGAGAACUCCUUGCUGUACAUGGUCCCGCUGCAGAACAGAAGUGGUCAACAUUUUUGUGGAGAAUUCCUCAUCCGUAAAGACAUUGUGGUCUCUGCUGCACACUGUGCAGAAGGUUUUUCCGUCACACAUGCUGUUCUUGGCACCCACAACCUCAGUAAGCCUGGAUUGAGACUGAACAUCGCAAAGAAGCACUUAAACCCUACUUAUCGGGGAAUAGAACAUGGUAGCGACAUCAUGGUCCUUCAACUUGCUGGGAAUGCCCGACUGGACAAUACAAUACAAACCAUACCACUGCCCAGAUCUGCAAUGAACAUUAAAGAGUGCCAAGUUGCUGGAUGGGGUUUGACUGAGAGUGGUAAUCCUGUUGCUAAUCUGAGAUUUGUGGAUGUGUCUAUCAUUAUGCCACAACUCUGUAAGGAUAAAUGGCCUGGUCUUCCUGCUAAUGUUAUCUGUGCAGGUGGAUAUGACACAAUGAAAGGAUUCUGUCAAGGCGACUCUGGUGGUCCUCUGGUGUGCAGCGGGGUAGCUGUUGGUGUUGUGUCUUUCAACAAAAACAAAAACUGUCACUACCCACAUGUACCCAACGUCUACACAGACAUCAAAAAAUACCUUCCCUGGAUCAACAGCAUCCUCUCAGCUUCUGAGUGA